AUGAAGGCUCUGUUAUACAUCUGUAUCCUCCUUUUGCUCAGGCCAGCUUUUGCAAAUAUGGCCCCUUUAAAAACUCAGAUUGAUAUCCUAGUGCAAGAAAACCCAAUUGUGACUAACCUUGCUCAAGCGAUAGAUGGGUACGCAAAGGAUUUGGCUACCAGAAGAAACCAAGCCAAGGAUGGCUAUAGUCUGUUCGGGAAAGAAAGGGAACUCGGCUUUAUUUGGCAGAACAAGCUUACAUGUAGCACAUGUAGAUAUGUUACAGAUUGGUUUGAUGAUAUUAUUGUGUUCAAGCCUUUUAGAUACACCUUUGAGAAAGGAAUCUCUCUUCUUUGUACAGCCUUUGUUGAUUAUAGAGUUUGCUCUGGAGCAGUUGAAGCAAUGGCGGAAGUCAUACUUCCUCAAUUAGCUAGUGGUAUCUUUGGACCUGAAUACGGAUGCUCAAGAAUGUUGGGAUUCUGCUCAGAUCCAAAUUUCAAGACCUUGGACCCUCAAGAUUAUAUCGAUCGUGUCUUAUCCGAUAAGCCAGAAAUUAUUUCAGAUAAUGAUUAUAUUAAUAAGAAAUAUGAAAUGAUCAGCCAAGAUCCGAAAGAGAGAAAAACAGUUUCAAUCCUUCAUAUAACUGAUGUCCAUCUCGACUUUGAUUACACUGAAGGGAUGAAUGCUAAAUGUAACGAGCCUCUUUGCUGUAGAGAGAUCAAUGGGCCUCCCAAGCAUCCUGAGAAUGCUGCCGGAAAGUAUGGUGACUACAACUGUGACUUGCCCCCAAUCGUGGCUGAAAUGAUGAUUGAAUAUGUUAAGGAGCUUCCUGACCAACCAGAUUUUAUCUUCUGGACUGGGGAUAAUAUUGCUCACGAUAUUUGGAAUCAGAGCUCCCAUAAGAAUGCUGAGUAUACUAUCCAGAUGACAAACUGGCUUCAGAAGCAUUAUGCUGAUAUCCCUGUGUUCACUACUCCAGGUAAUCACGAAUUCUAUCCAGUUAACGUGAUGACAUUUGACGAAGUCGAUCCUCUUUUUGAAAUGCUUGGAGGAGUCUGGAGAAACUGGCUAGAUGACCAAGCCUACGAAAGCUUCAUAAAUUAUGGAUUUUACUCCAUGCCUCUUAAAGGAAUCGCUGAAGACUGGAAUGGGUUCAGAGUUAUGGUCCUCAACACUGGAGUCUGCAAUAAUAUGAACUGGUACCUUCUUACUCAACUUAAUGAUCCUUUGCAACAUCUUGAAUGGAUUGAGGAUACUUUGAGGCAAGCAGAAGAGAAUAAUGAAAAGGUCUAUAUUAUAUCUCAUGUUUUCCCAGGAGGAGCUGACUGUUUAUAUGAAUGGUCUGUUAGAUACAGAGCUAUUGUUGAAAGAUACCAACAUGUAAUCUUGCAUCACUUUGUUGGUCAUGACCACGUCGAGUUCUUCAACAUCAUCACUGAUACUAAAAAUCAAGACGACAUUGGUAUGAUGCAAGCUCCUGGAGGUGUUACUACAUUCACAGAUGACAAUCCAGCAUUCAAGAUUUAUGAAAUAGAUUACGAAACCGGUCUUCCUGUUAGAGGUCACAAGCACUUCUUCAACAUCACUGAAGCUAAUCUUGGAAAUCCAAGAUGGCAAUACGAUUUUGAACAAACUGAAGAGUAUGCAAUGGCAGAUCUUUCUCCAAGAAGCUUCAGAGAUUUGACAGAAAGAUUCCUCACAGAAGAAGGAACAGCUACAAAAUAUUUCAAAAACAAAUACACUAGGUCAGAUACUCUUGGAAAAGGAGAUUGUGAGACGGAGAAAUGCAAGAAAGAAAUGGCAUGCAAAACAGGAAACUUUAUUCAUUUCGAAGAGAGGGACUGUCUUGGAGAAAAGAGAAUCGACUAUAUCCAUGACUUUACAGACUCCUUGUUUGAAACAAUGUUUGAUCCAUGGGUUAUUGCUCAGUAA